ACAAGCUCAUUCCGUUGGCAGAAGACGUCGCCGUUGGUUGUGUGUGCGAAAUGUUUCAAGCGGAGGAGCCGCAACUAAGCCGAGCCCUGGAACGGCGUCAGCCGAGGCCGGAGCUGCACCUGCAGCAGGAUCAUCUGCGAAUGGUGAUCGUCAAGAGUCCUGGCAAGCUGGACAUGCAGUUCCCGGACAUCUGGCUGCGCGACAAUUGCCGCUGCGGCGAGUGCUACCUGCCCCAAACGCUGAGUCGCCUGCCCCAGCUCUGGAACAACCUGGACACGAGUGUGCGGGCGCAGCAGCAGAGCGUGGAUGUGGAGCAGCAGAUGCUGUACAUCCAGUGGUCCGACGGCCACGCCUCCCAGUAUCCCUUCGCCUGGCUGCGGGAGCGCGACUUCUCGCUGGCAAACCGCACGCGAUACCUGAGCGACUUUUACCGCCCCGAGCCGCGGCACUGGAGCGGCUUGGAGUUCGAGCACAUCCGUCGCGAGUUCCAGUACCAGGAACUGCUGGCCAGCGACGAGGCGCUCCUGCAGUGGCUCCACCAUCUGGCAGUGUACGGAGUGGCGCUGGUCAGGCAGGCGCCCCUCGAGUUUGACGUGCUGCGGCGGCUGUGCAACCGCGUGGGCUUCAUGCGUCGCACCACCUACGGCGAGGAGUUCAGCGUGCGCGCCCAGCCGGGGGCCAGCAACUACGCCUACCUGGCUGCGCCCCUGCCCCUGCACACGGACAUGCCGUACUUCGAGUACAAGCCCGGCGUGACGCUCCUGCACACGCUGGAGCAGUCCGAUUCGCCGGGCGGUGUGAAUCUCCUGGCGGACGCCUACCACGUAGCGGAUCUGAUGCGCGAACGGUAUCCGGAACAGUUCCGGGUGCUCACUCAGACGCCCGUCGAUUGGGCGGACAUUGGCCGCGACGGGGAGCUGGAGUUCCACAACAUCUGGCGUGCCCCAGUCAUCAACCUGGACGCCGAGGGUCGUCGGUAUGUGCGCAUCAACCACAGCAUUCCGCAGCGGGAUAGCCACUUCAGUGUGCCGCUGGAUCAGGUCCGUCCCUGGUACGAGGCGAUGGCCCUGUUCGUUCGCCUGGCCAACGAACAGGCAUGCAGCUUCAAGACCACACCCGGCGAUGUGCUCACAUUCAACAACCUGCGCCUGGUACACGGCCGCACGGGGUACGACGACACGGACCGCAAUGUGCGACACCUCGUUGGCGCCUUCCUCGACUGGGACAUUGUCUACUCACGCCUGCGCGUCCUCAGGCAUGGCGGAACCAACACUUGAACAAACCCAUCGAGUGCCACUAAAUUCUAAGUUCAAUUCACUUAAUCAAGACUCCAUCAACGACACGUGACUGCCAGUCAUCGGGAUUGGCAGUGGGCAGUGGCCAUAAUUGUAGUCCCUGAAUAAACAUAGUUAUU